UUAACAGCUAGUCUUCCACUAAGAGAGAGAUCUCUCAGUAUACCAUUGAUUUCCUAAUUUCCCUCACCAAAUUUCUUAAACCUUUCUCAUGAUCUGUGGUUCCUUUUUCUGAUUGAAUCGAAUCAUCGCGUAUUCUGUUCUUGAUCUGUAUCUUUCUUGCUUGAAAGAUCAGCUUUCCCAGAGUUUCAACAUUGGGGCGCGUCCACACGUUUCCCCACUCAGCAAUUAGCUUCAGAUUCUUUUGUUAAAAUUCUUUUGAAUCCAGAUUCAGUUUAUUUUGUGAACACACUUAACGGCAUUAAUGUUUUGUAAGAUUGAGGGCCAAAGAAGUUAGCGGUGAAAAUGGCUAAACGGAAGGAUCGAUUUUGGGAUCAUGUUAAGAAGCUGGAUGAUGGUAGUUUCAACUGUACAUUUUGUGGCUUCCAAUUUUCUGCUGCUACUUCCAUUUCAAGGAUCAAAUGGCAUUUGUCAGGAGAGGAAAGGCGUGGUGUUGCAAUUUGUAGACAAGUGCCUGAAGACGUUCAAGAAGCAGCUUUUCAAGCUGUGCAUGGUGGCAACAAAAGACAUAAAGGCAUAGCAAGUUCAAGCAAUUUUAAUGAUAAUGCCAUUUCAACCACUCCACAAGAACAAAACAAUGAAGUCGAAAAUUUGGCAGGAGAUGGAGGAACGACACAAGCAGCGGAUGGAAUGGGUCACCCACGUGGAAGAAGUGUGGAAGAGUUCAGUAGAUGGUUAAUGGAGGAUGAUAUAGAGAAUGGGACUGGAGGAGCAGCGCAGCCUGGUGCAGGAGCUAGCUCUUCUGGAGGGCUUACAGGCAACACAAAUGAGACUCCAGGAGAUCCAUUACCUACUAGCUCUACAAAGCUAGUGGGUCAAGCAUUUGAACAGAAUACAAAUCUGAUAUGGUCUUGGUUAAUGGAUGAUGAAGUCUCGACAAUUGGCAUUUACGGAAUGGGAGGAGUCGGUAAAACGACAAUGAUGAAACAUAUCCAUAAUAAGCUUCUAGAAAGACCAGGCAUUUCUCAUUGCGUGUACUGGGUGACUGUGUCUCAGGAUUUCAGUAUUGGAAGAUUGCAAAAUCAUAUUGCUAAAUGUCUUGGCUUGGAUCUUUCAAACGAACAUGAUGAUCUGUGUAGAGCUGUCAAAUUGUUAAAAGCACUAAGGAAGAAACAAAAAUGGAUUCUCAUUUUAGAUGAUUUGUGGAACACUUUUGAGUUACACGAAGUGGGAAUUCCUGAGCCAGUCGAUCUAAAAUGUUGCAAGCUGAUUAUGACAAGUCGGUCUAAAAGGGUUUGUCAAUGGGUGGAUAGACGACGCGAAAUCGAAAUGAAGCCACUUUUGAAGAGUGAAGCUUGGAAUUUGUUCAGGGAGAAACUUGGACAUGACAUAACACUUUCUCCGGAAGUGGAACGAAUUGCAAUGGAUAUUGCAAGGGAAUGUGCUGGUUUGCCAUUGGGUAUUAUUACAAUGGCAGGAAGCUUGAGGAGAGUGGAUGACCUACAUGAGUGGAGGAAUACAUUGAAGAAAUUAAAAGAAUCAAAAUGUAGGGACAUGAAAGAUAAGGUAUUCCGGUUAUUGAGGUUUAGUUAUGACCAGUUACAUGAUUUAGCACUACAACAGUGUCUCUUAUACUGUGCAUUAUUUCCUGAAGAUCAUGAGAUUGUAAGGAAGAAGUUGAUAGAUUAUUUGAUCGAUGAGGGGGUAAUUGAAAGAAUGGAGAGCAGGCAAGAAGCGGUUGACGAGGGCCACACGAUGCUUAAUAGACUUGAAAGUGUCUGUCUAUUGGAAAGUGCUACGAAAUGGUAUGGUGGUCCUACACAUGUCAAGAUGCAUGACUUGAUUAGGGACAUGGCCAUCCAAACACUGCAAGAAAACUCUCAAUGCAUGGUUAAAGCAGGUGCACGGUUAAGAGAAUUGCCGGAUGCAGAGGAGUGGACAGAGAAUCUUACUAGAGUUUCACUGAUGCAUAACCAAAUUAAAGAAAUUCCUUCCAGCCAUUCACCAAGGUGUCCCAGUCUUUCAACUCUAUUGUUGCUCAGAAAUCCACUGGUGCACAUUGCAGAUUCAUUUUUUGACCAGUUGCGUGGGCUCAAGGUUCUUGAUCUGUCUCAUACAGGUAUCACAAAACUGCCUGAUUCUGUCUCUGAAUUGGUGAGUCUUACUGCAUUACUGCUCAUUGGUUGUAAGAUGUUAAGGCAUGUACCGUCAUUAGAAAGGCUGAGGGCACUGAAGAGGUUAGAUCUCUCUGGUACUUGGGCACUUGAAAAGAUUCCUCAAGGCAUGGAAUUUCUAUCCAACUUGAGGUAUCUUAGAAUGAAUGGAUGUGGUGAAAAGGAGUUUCCUAGUGGGAUAUUACCUAAACUCUCUCACCUGCAAGUCUUUGUAUUGGAGGAGCGGACUCCGAUAACAGUUAAAGGAAAGGAAGUGGGAUGCUUGAGGGAGUUGGAAACUUUGGAAUGCCAUUUUGAAGGUUACUCUGACUACGUGGAGUAUCUCAAUUAUCGGGAUAAGACCCGAUCACUAACAAAAACCCGAUCACUAACAAAAUAUAGAAUUGUUGGAGGACUGCUAUAUGACAAUUACAAUUAUGGUAUAGAAGACAAAGACAAAGUAAUUGUUUUGGGUAAAUUGACUAUCAACGGAGACGGAGAUUUUCUGAGAACGUUUUGGAAGGACAUUCAACAACUGACCAUGGAUGAAUGUGAUGGUGCAAAAAGUUUAUGCGAUGUUUCCUCUCUAAUAAAGAAUGCAACUGAUCUGGAGGUUAUCGAAAUUAGGGAUUGCAAUAGCAUGGAGAGCUUGGUUUCAUCUUCUUGGUACUGCUCUGCUUCACUGCCAUCUCCAUCUUGCAAAGGUAUAUUUUCUGGUCUUAAAAAGCUUCAUUGUUCUGGUUGUCAAAGCAUGAAGAAGUUGUUCCCCCUCGUCUUGCUGCCAAGCCUCGUAAACCUGGAAGAGAUUACAGUUAAAGGAUGUGAGAAAAUGGAGGAGAUAAUUGUUGGAACAAGAUCGGAUGAAGAAGGGGUUAUGGGUGGAGAAAGCAGCUUCAGAAACACUGAAUUCAAACUCCCAAAGUUGACAUACCUGAGAUUGACAGAUUUACCAGAACUAAAAAGCAUUUGUAGUGCAAAACUGAUUUGCGAUUCUCUCCGAGUAAUUGAAGUAAGGAAUUGCAGUGUCAUGGAAAUCUUGGUUCCAUCUUCCUGGAUUCGCCUCGUAAACCUGGAAAGGAUUUUUGUUGAAGGAUGUGAGAAAAUGGAGGAGAUAAUAGGUGGAGUAAGAUCGGAUGAAGAAGGGGAUAUGGGUGAAGAAAGCAGCAUCAGAAACACCGAGUUCAAACUCCCAAAUAAGGAAUUGCAGUAUGAAGGAAAUCUUUGUUCCAUCUUCCUGGAUUCACCUCGUAAACCUGGAAUGGAUUGUUGUUGA